AUGAAGUUCUCACUCGUUGUGCUAGCACUACCAGUUGCGGUCCAGGCUGCGCACUACUCAAAGUCAGAGUAUGCCUCGGGCGCAAUUCAUCAGAAGUUGAUGAAGUUGAAGAGUGAUCAAUGGGAGCAUGAUGCAGCCGAAGGAAAGCAAGACUCUCGUCAGUGGAAGUCUUGGAAGAGCUGGAACAAGGGAUCUUGGGGAGGCGGCAAGGACAAGCGCAUUCGCUGCAAGGAUGGACUCGCCAUCGUCGAGCAAGGCAACGCAAACCAAACGUUCAGGUGUAACAACAUGGACCUUUAUGAUUUUGUCAACCAUGCCGACAUGGGAGGCCCUGAAGGCCAGGGAAGCUCUUCCUGGGGCUGGACAGCUCGCAACGGUCGUGAGUUUGGUAUCGUAGGCCAAUUCUCCGGUGCUGCGUUCGUUGAGAUUCUCAAGGACGGUCAAAUUCAGUACAUGGGCCGUCUUCCCGCACAAAGUGUGGGAUCGCGAUGGCGCGAGAUUCGCGUACUGAACGACUAUGUCAUCAUCGGCUCGGAAGCCGUUGGUCACAACGUUCAGAUCUUCGACAUGAAGAAGCUUCUCACGGUUGACCCAAAGAACCCAAAGACAUUUGACCCCAAGACCGAUCUUGUUGGCUUGUGGGAUGAACUGCCUAUUGGCCGCACUCACAAUGUGGUUGUUGACUGGGACAACGAGUACAUCCUUGCGGUCGGUGCCCAGCCCCGCAACCAGACCUGCAAGGCUGGUCUCCAAUAUAUCGAUCUUGCCAACCCUAGCAAGCCGACCUCUCCCGGAUGUGCCAGCCAGGAUGGAUACGUACACGAUGCCCAGUGUGUGACAUACAACGGCCCUGACCGAAAGUUCCGCGGUCGCAACAUCUGCAUCGGUUACAACGAAGACACUAUGACCGUCUACGACUCCACGAAAAAGAACGGUAACCCUGCAUCUGAGGUGAUUUCAACUCUCUCCUACCCUGGCGCUACCUACUGCCAUCAGGGCUGGUGGACCGAGCGCAACUGGCAUCAAUACGUUCUCUUGAACGACGAGCUCGAUGAGCAAGAAGCCGUCGGUCCCGCUGCGUCCGGCCGCCCUGUCACCCACAUUAUUGACCUAACCGAUCUUCGCAACCCCAAGGCAACUGGCACCUUCUAUGCCACAGACAGCAAAGGUAUCGACCACAACCUCUACAUCGUCGAUGGCCUUGCCUACCAGAGCAACUACGGCGCCGGUAUCUGGGUACACGACGUCCGCAGCAUCAGUAAGGAUCCAACCGGCAAGGGUGUCAAGACUGAGGGCUUUUUCGACAUCUACCCUGAGGAUGACUCCGUCGGCGGCAUCGUUCAGUUCGUUGGCACUUGGUCGCACUUCCUGUUCCCCUCCGGAUACAUCCUGGUCAACACCAUUGAACGUGGUGCGUUUACUGUCAAGCUAGCUAGUGGUCGCGGAGCUAAGCGCGGCCCUGGCUUUGGCGGAAAGUCCAAGGGUAACGGCAGGUAA